CCCGGCGCUCCCGCCUCCCCCGGGGGCCGGGCGCUGCCCUCCGGCGGCGCGGCGGAGCAGGUGCCGGCGGCCGCGGCGGCAGCGGGCUGGCAGGAUGGAGGCUGCCUUGCUGAAGCCGGCGAUGAUGGCGGAGGUGAAAGGGAGCGGCGCCGGCCCCGGCGUGAGCGCCGAGCUGGAGGUGAAGAAGCUGCAGGAGCUGGUGCGGAAGCUGGAGAAGCAGAACGAGCAGCUCCGGAGCCGCGCCGCCGCCGCCGCCGUGACCAGCGGCCCGCCCAGCCCGCACCUGCUGCUGGCCCCGCCGCCGGCCCCCGGAGGGCUGCGCCCCGCCAGCCCCCCCGCCCCGGCCGCGCCGUGCAUGCCCAGCCCGGUGCCCACCAUGCUGUGCCCGCCGGAGCCCCUCGCCUACUUCAAGCCCUCGCCCGGCCUGCCGGCGGCCGGCGGCGGGCUGGAAGGCGGCGGCGGUCCGGGGGCGGCGGCCACGGUGCUGGACGAGGUGGCGGUGCUGGAGCUGGAGGACGGCUGCGGAGAGGACGAGGAUACCUGGGGCCGGUGUACGGAACGCGGCACAGGUCGAGUCUUGAACCCCCGGCUCGGGGAACAGUGCUCGUUUUCCACUCUGAGGUUGUACGUCUUGCCUACCAAGACUCACACUUCUCAAGACAAAUCAUUGAAUCCUCUGCAGUGGUGCAGGCGUGUUCUGGAUCAUCCAACUCCUGAGACAGAGGCUGCAAAACGUUCCCUAUGCUUUAGGUUGGAGCAAGAGAUGUCUUGCUCCUCAUCCUAGAGGAAGCCCCUAAGCAUGGACUUGCAGAGUGAACAGGCAAAAGCACCCUUCGUCUUCGUCCAUUUUAUCAAGGGCAGCUGAGCACUUCUUGAAAUAUAUUCAACGUAUUUUUUAAAUAAAGUUGUUCACAACAUGGCUCAA